ACUGCAUAUGCGCAGUGGAUUGUGGGAAUUUGAAAGCGACGAACACUGCGCGUUUUGUUGGUUCUGUUGCUUUUGUCGCGUUUUAUCCUCUGUUUUCCCCCCACCAGGGCUGAUACAGAAGACACAAGAUGUCUGAGAGGAAAGUGCUGAACAAAUACUACCCUCCAGACUUCGAUCCAUCGAAGCUCCCCAAGCUCAAACUUCCCAAGGAGAGACAGUAUGUGGUUCGACUCAUGGCACCGUGUAAUAUGAGAUGUCAGACCUGUGGAGAGUACAUCUACAAAGGGAAGAAGUUCAAUGCCAGGAAGGAGACGGUACAGAACAUGACGUACCUGGGACUGCGCAUCUUCAGGUUCUACAUCAAGUGUCCCAGGUGCUGUGCAGAGAUCUCCUUCAGGACAGACCCAGAGAGCACGGACUACGUAGUUGAGCAGGGCGCCACGCGGAACUUCCAGGCCAUGGAGAUGGUGGAGAAGGAGGAGGAACGCGCUCAGAAGGAACGGGAGGAGGAGGAGCUCAACAAUCCCAUGAAGGUACUUGAGAAUCGAACCAAGGACUCCAAGUACGAGAUGGACAUCCUGGAGAACCUGGAGGAGCUGCGGGACCUGAACCAGCGCCAGGCUAAGGUGGACUUCGAGGCCAUGCUGCAGCAGAACGCCCAGUCUGCCGAGGAGAGGAGGAGACUGCAGGAGGAGGAGGAGGAGAGACAAGUCAGAGAGAUCAUGGGUGAGGCGUACGUAGUGAGAAGGUUGGAGGAUGACUCUGACAGUGAUGAUGAGACCAGGAGAAAAACAACAAACGGCAUCAACACCAACAAGAGACCAACAGACCUGCUGGCAGAAGCACCAAGUGAACCAGAACCCAAGAAGCUCAAAACAUGGGAGAAGAGUGUCGGCUCCCUGGUCAAGAAGUCAUCCCUCUCCUCAUUUGUCAAGGCCAAGAAGUCACCCCUCUCCUCAUUGGUCAAGGCCAAGAAACCAACCAAGCAGGAGCAGUCUUCAACCAAUGAACAGGGCCAUAAGGAAAUUCCAUCCUCAACAGUGACAUCGCCUACCUCAAAACCUUCGCAGGAGGGAAAGAACAACUCGGAGGUUGAGAAAGAAAGCUCCAGCCAGGAUGGACAGAAGGGGGGAACCAGGAAUGAAGGAGUGCAGAGUAGUGUUCAGUCCAGUGGGUUGGGUCUCCUUGGGAACUACUCAGACAGUAGUGACUCAGAAUCUAGCGACUAGAUCUGUAUCAACAAUUCUCUAUGAGGCUUUGUGUCAAUGUUGUAGCAAUAGGUCUAACAAUAUGUGUGUUUCCAUCUACUGUAAAUUUUGAAACUUUUGCAGUGGUUUGCUUUUGCAGUUUUCGUGGUGACCUCUUUACCAUGAAACUGUUGAUAUGGUUUUCCAAUGCAUUUCUUCUGUUUCAACCGUGACGUUAAAACACCAUGUAAACCUCCUUUUCCUUCUUACUGUAAAAUAAAACCACUGUAAAUGAAUGCACAGUAUAUAAGUAUCAUGAGUGUAUCUUGUUUGACCUUAACUUAAUAUACAGUCAAACUUGUCAAGAGGACCAUCCCGGGGACAUAGAGUAUUUGGUCUUCUUAGACCAGUGAUAUUCACAAAAUUUCAGUACUUUUAAUUUGACAAGCGUACAAGAUACAGGUACACAUGCACAUGUAUACCAAUUGAAGUAAAAUCAAAACACUUUCCCAAUUCAGGGGUUGUCUAGAUUAGUACAAUUCAUGAAAAUUUAUAGCUCUUUCGGCCAAGCUUCAUUUUUUUAUCAUAUUGACAUUGUCUAUAAAAACUUGUGAACUGGCAACACUUAAAGCAGUGGCCCAUUUUGCUACCCAAAAUAUUCUACAAAUUGAAGAUUGUCAGACUACAAUGCAUGAAAAGCUGUAUAUGUAAUUUUUGACUUUCUGUAUGGAUAUCAAAUCAGGUGACUCAUAUUCAAUUCCAUGUUGGAUAUUAUAAAGACCAACUGACCCUUUGAAUGAUGUACACAUGUAUGUCUGUGAGUGAAAACCAUGUUUGUAAGAAUUGAUACUGAAAUAACACAACAAACUUGACACUGCCAUGGAAAUGUACAGACCCUGAACACUUUUGUAUAUUCCAUGCACAUGUAUUGAUGGUGAAAAUUAAUCAGCAUGUUAUCACUUAAAUACAUUCACUUUUGUCUACUUCCAAAACAACCUGUUGAAAAUGUCUCCAUUUGAAUAAACAAUUUGAAACAAAUUUGUCACAUGUAGUCACAAACGUAACAUAAGAAACAAUUACAAGAUGUAUAAUUUGUAUGGUUUAAGUUCAUGUUUGAGAAGUAUCAUUAGGUUACACUACUUGCAUGUGUAUAUAUAUAUAUAUUACUAGUACAUAUGUAUUUACUAUCACACAAGUGGUGUUUCAUAGCUAUUCAUAAGAUACUCAAGACCAUAAUAAAGUGUAAAUAAUUGUGUAUGUAAUGUUAGAUACAACUGCUUUCAAUUGGUUUCUUCAUCAUCAUUCAUGUUUGUAA